CUCAGUUCUCCGUUGGGUCGUCUCUGAAAUAGGUUCGUUCUAGCAGCAGGAAACAAAAAAUACAAUUUUUUUUUUUUCAAACAAACAAAAUAAAUAAACGCGUAAACGGGAUAAAAUCGAGUAUCGAGUAUUUUGUAUAUUUUCAAAAUUUCGUUUUGAGACAAAGCCAAGAAACAACAAACGAUCGUAGAGUUCAAGAAGAAUGGUGGACGAAGAGGUUGUGGCCCUGGUGAUCGACAAUGGGUCGGGCAUGUGCAAGGCCGGAUUCGCUGGUGACGAUGCCCCACGCGCCGUGUUCCCAUCGAUUGUCGGUCGUCCGCGCCAUCAGGGCGUGAUGGUGGGCAUGGGACAGAAGGACUCGUACGUGGGCGAUGAGGCACAGAGCAAGCGCGGCAUACUCACACUCAAGUACCCCAUCGAGCAUGGCAUUGUGACCAAUUGGGAUGACAUGGAGAAGAUCUGGCAUCACACGUUCUACAACGAGCUGCGUGUGGCGCCCGAGGAGCAUCCCGUGCUGCUCACUGAAGCACCACUCAAUCCCAAGGCCAAUCGCGAGAAGAUGACCCAAAUAAUGUUUGAAACCUUCAACACGCCGGCCAUGUAUGUGGCCAUACAGGCGGUGCUCUCGCUGUACGCCUCUGGACGCACCACUGGCAUUGUGCUGGACUCGGGUGACGGUGUCUCCCACACCGUGCCCAUUUACGAGGGGUAUGCACUGCCCCAUGCCAUCUUGCGCUUGGAUCUGGCCGGUCGCGAUCUCACCGAAUACCUCAUGAAGAUCCUGACCGAACGUGGCUACUCGUUCACGACCACCGCGGAGCGUGAAAUAGUGCGCGACAUUAAGGAGAAACUGUGCUACAUUGCGCUGGACUUUGAGCAGGAACUGGCCACGGCUGCGUCCAGUUCGUCGCUGGAGAAAUCGUACGAGCUGCCCGAUGGACAGGUGAUUACCAUUGGAAACGAACGUUUCCGCUGUGCCGAGACCCUCUAUCAGCCGUCGUUCCUCGGCAUGGAGGCGUGCGGUGUCCACGAGACGACCUACAACUCCAUCAUGAAGUGUGACGUGGACAUACGCAAGGAUCUCUAUGGGAACAUUGUGCUGUCCGGUGGCACCACCAUGUAUCCCGGCAUUGCUGAUCGCAUGCAGAAGGAGAUCACGGCACUGGCUCCAUCGACAAUGAAAAUUAAGAUCAUUGCACCGCCAGAGCGCAAGUAUUCCGUGUGGAUUGGUGGCUCCAUUUUGGCCUCACUGUCCACCUUCCAGCAGAUGUGGAUCUCCAAGCUGGAGUACGAUGAGUCCGGACCCUCCAUUGUCCAUCGCAAAUGCUUCUAAAAAUACACCAAAAAAAAAAAAAUAUACACUUUACAUUUACAAUUACAUUUCACAUUACAUUUACAACUACAACUGGGCACACAUCAAAUCAUGAUAAAUUUCGGCAUAACGUUACACACACACACGCACACUCACACACACAUGGCCUUGCAUGUAUGAUGCAAAAAUGCACAAAUGAAAUAAAUAGAUUGUGGUUGGGGUGUUAGAAA